UUGGUUGUAGGCUAUUCUCAGCAAGCACAACCAGUGACCCACAAGCACUAAUACUACACUAAUUCUAAUCCCUCAAGAUUAGUUAGAUACGUUACACGUCGAGUGCCCCAUGUCUGUGAGGGCUGACAAUGGCGACGGUGAGCACCUCCAGUAGGAGACCCUACCAUGUUGUAGUAUUCGGAGCUAGUGGCUUUACUGGGCAGUUUGUCGUGGAAGAGGUCGCAAGGACAAUCGACGAAGGACCCAACGGAAAGCUGAAAUGGGCGGUAGCAGGAAGAAGCAGGAGGAAACUUGAGACAGUUCUCAACCAUGUUGCUAAUACCCUCGAUACGCCAGAGCUGAAGUGCGCUGUGGAGGUCCUUGUGGCCGAUGUGGGUCAACCAGAAUCCCUGGCCAUCAUGUGCAAGCAGGCUGUGAUUGUGCUGAACUGUGUUGGACCAUACAGGCUCUACGGGGAGCCAGUGGUCAAGGCGUGCAUUGAGAACGGAGCACACUGCAUUGACAUCUGUGGAGAACCACAGUUUCUGGAGGGCGUUCAGCUGGUGUUAGACAGGAAGGCGAGGGAGAGUGGCGUCUAUAUCAUCGGCAGCUGUGGCUUUGACUCCAUCCCAGCAGACAUGGGCAUCCUCUACACAGCCAAACAGUUUAAAGGCACGCUUACAGCAGUGGAGAGCUUCUUGACUGUCAGCAUAGGCCCAGAGGGAGGCUGUGGCCAUGACGCGACGUGGCAGUCAGCCAUCUUUGGUUUUGCAGACGCAGCAAGACUGCGCUUUCUCAGGAAGCAAUUCAACCACAAGCCACUGCCAGUACUGGGAGCCAAGAUCAAGAAGAGGGGUGCUCUGUUCUACUGUAAGGAGAUAGGCCAGUACGCAGUGCCCUUCAUGGGUUCUGACCCUUCAGUAGUGAGGAGGACUCAGCGCUACCUGUAUGAGGAGCAUCAGCAGUCUCCUGUGCAGUACUGUGCGUAUGCAGGCGUGGGGGGAGUGUGCUCCGUGCUGAAACUGCUCUUUUCAGGGCUUUUCUUCUGGCUGCUGGUCAAGUUCAGCAUCGGCCGAGGCCUGCUGAGUUCAUUCCCAGAGUUCUUCUCCUGGGGUAUGUUCUCCAAAGGAGGGCCGACCAAGAAGCAGAUGGACGGGACAAGCUUCCAGAUGACGUUUUACGGUGAGGGCUACACAGAAGGUCAGGACCCCUGCCAGGGCAAGCCCAGCACCAGGAUCACCACGGAGAUCAGAGGAGCUGAGCCGGGUUAUGUUGUCACCCCCAUCGUCAUGGUUCAGGCAGCCGUGACCUUCCUGAAUGAGCCCCACUCCCUUCCAGAGAGGGGUGGAGUGUUCACGCCCGGCACUGCCUUCGCGAAGACGUCCCUCAUCCAGCGCCUCGGCCGCCACGGCCUGAAGUUCACAGUGAGAGACCAGCAGGGGGCCUCGUGAGUGGAGGACCCCCACCACUCUCCUUUCUACUGGCUCUUACUCUGUUGUUCGUUUUUUACUUUCUUUAUGUUCACCCUUCUCUCCCCCUCUCUCAAUCUCUCUUCUUCAAAACGUCAUUUCCUCCACGCUGUCCUCUCUGUGAUCUCUUUGUGUAUGUUCUGGUAUUUUAUUCUUUUCAAGGUGUUCAAGGUUAUCUCUCAUUUCACCACUGUUCUGCCUUUUCUAUCAUCAUCAUUUUGUCAGUCUCUCUUUCCACUUGACUCUCACACCAAAGGUCACUGCCUGCCUAUGUCCCUGAUUACAUACAGUAUGUGUGUGCUUGUGGAUGUGUGUGUGUGUGUUUCCAUGUGUACAUAAAUGUGUGUGUCUACAGACAAUAAUGAAUGAGCCGGCUAUCUGUUUGCUGUCAUAACGAUUCUGUUCCAUCGGGCCGUUGACAUGUUUAGCGUUAGCAUUUCCAUCCUGACCGUGUGCUCUCAAUGACGAGGCUGAGUUUACUGAUUACUGUGUGAGCCUACAGCAGCUCAAAUGUCAACAUGCUACCCCCUCAUAACCCGCAGAACAAACGUUUGGCACUGUGCCAGAGGCAAACAGAGAAUAAACAGUCAACAGUCAACAGUCUCGGGUGUGGAAGCAGAUUUUUAGUUUCGUGGAAGACUUGGAUGUUUGGCACUAAACCUAUUGUAUUGUUUUGAUUACCAAAGAAGAGCUUUUUGAAAUUCUGAAUUCAUGUGCGUGUUUGACGUUCAACGUGUUCUUGUGAGACCUAGGGCUCCAACAAUUAGCUCAGGUUCUUGGUGCCACUAAGACCAUUGAUUCAGUGCCGGGGGAACUUAAGGGAGCUGAAGAGCGCUACAGUCACUCGGCUAUCCUUUUGGUCCAUCAAGUUAAACACAAGCUGAUGAAAAUGCAAUAUGCAAAGGUCCACUAACUGAUGUGAACACAUAGUUCCUUGCAAACAGAAACCUCCACUUCUAUAUUAAUGUGAAAAGUAUGCUAAUUAUUAAAUAUUAUUAUUAUUAUUAAUCAUUCAAAAUCAAUAAAUCAUUAUUUAUCAUUUAAUUUAUUUCAGUGUGCUGUGGAUUCUUUUUUAUCACUGUGCCCUGGAAAUGGGAAUGAUCUCUUGGGUUUGUCUGCAGUCUAUUUUCCCCACAGUUUAAACGAAAGAGCUGGAAUGGGAGAGUUGUUAGUUGGGAUUUUGUCAUGGAUUCAUUAUCUUCAGUGGCUUAUUCUCAAGCCAUCGAAACAAGGAACUGAUUUAGCGUACAGAAGACAUGUUUGGGACAUACAAGUCAUGGCGAACAACUGAAUCAGAGAUUCAUGCUUGUGAGUAACUUCACUAAAUGUAGAGCUUUUGAUGUAGGUUGUCAGACAUUAUCGUUUUUUUCUUUCAGAAAUAAAAUUGGUUGAUU